AGGAAGUUGCUUUGUGAGGGGAAGUUCUCCGUGGAAACAGAGAACGCAGGUCCUUCAGUAACGUGAAUCUGCAACGUAUUCUUCAGUCAUCAUCUGUCAACGACAUAAAACAUCCAGAGCAGCUGGAAGUAUGGAUGACGACGUCUUGACCACUCUGAAGAUUUUGAUAAUCGGAGAAAGCGGAGUAGGGAAGUCAAGUCUUCUCUUAAGGUUUACGGAUGAUACUUUUGAUCCAGAACUCGCGGCAACCAUUGGUGUUGACUUCAAAGUGAAAACUAUAUCGGUGGAUGGGAAUAAGGCAAAGCUUGCGAUAUGGGACACGGCUGGUCAGGAACGGUUCAGAACUUUGACUCCUAGCUACUAUAGAGGAGCACAGGGUGUGAUCCUGGUAUAUGAUGUGACGAGACGAGAUACGUUCGGCAAACUUGAUAACUGGCUGAAUGAGCUGGAAACGUACUGCACAAGGAAUGACCUCGUCAAAAUGUUAGUUGGAAACAAAAUUGAUAAGGACGGUCGGGAACUAGACAGGAAUGAAGGCCUUAAAUUUGCACGGAAACAUUCCAUGCUUUUUAUAGAAGCCAGUGCGAAAACUUGUGAUGGUGUACAGUGCGCUUUUGAAGAACUUGUGGAGAAAAUCAUUCAGACACCUGGACUGUGGGAGAGCGAGACCCAGAACAGAGGAGUGAGGCUGUCUGACCAGGAGGAGGGCAGUAGAGCUGGAAGCUGUGGUGGAUACUGCUCCAUGUUGUAGAAGAAAAAAAAAAAUCACAAAACUAAAACAUCCUUUUUUUUAAUUUUUUUUUUACACUAUUUAAACAGCUGAUGAACUGUAUUCCUGCCUAUACUUUCAUUAGCUGAUGUCAUAAGAACAUGGCUGUUUGCACACUUUCUGGUAACAUGGCAGCA